AUGGUCCAUACCUCACUUGCUCAACAACUAAGAAGGCCACAUAUAGGAAGGCACAGAGCCCAGGAAGAAGUUCAUCAAGAGGAAUAUCAUCAGGAAGAGUACCAACAAGAAGAGCAACACAACCCAGCCAACCUCAAUAUGAGUCAUAUCUUACAUGCCAUUGAGGAUUUGGAGAUGAAACAUAUGGAGGGACAAGAGCAAAUACUUGCCAUGCAGUCCAAAUGGAUGAAGCAACAAGAAGAGUGGCAGAAACAACACAUGGAGCAGCAACAGCUGAAUGAAGGAAGGCAGCUGCAUAGAGAGGAGUUCAGUGUAAACACUCAAGCCAGAUUGAGUUACAUGUCAGAUAAUAUGCACCACCUAUAUUAUGCCAUUCCCACCUAUGAGGAAGUCCAAAAAGAGUUUGUUGAACGAGAAGAAGGGAAGGUGAAACAGCAGAAGGAAACUUUGAAGAAAAAGAUGGAAGAUGCUGGGUUUUAG